CUCCUUUCUGCGUCAUCUGCCUGAAUUCUGUCAGUUUCGGCGGAUUCCUCGACCCGUUGCUGCGUGUCGCGGAGUUUCUCAGGUUUUCCCUCCCAGAAACCAGACGUCUCUUUGUUCCCCAAUGUCUCUCCGUUGAACUAACACAUGGCGUCCUUUUCCUCGAAGCUCUACUUGUCCUUUUCUUUUUGUCUGCAUCGGAUAUCUCCGUCCUCUAGUGUCUGAGCUCUCCGUGUCCGCUCCCUGGUGGCGCUCUUUUGGAUUCGUUGGUUCUCCUCCACGAUAUAAAGACUCGAUCAGCUCCAUCGUCUCAACGGCGAUUCGCAUUGCUCUCUCCAUCAUACACCAACCACAACAAGUUCGAACCUAUCCGGCAAGAUGAAGUUCGGACGGAAUUUGCCCCGUAAUAUGGUGCCUGAGUGGAGUGCCUCCUACAUCAGAUACAAGGCAUUGAAGAAGCUCAUCAAGGCUGCGGCGGAGAAUGUGAAGGCUGGCCAAGAGGCAGACCUGGCAGGAUUCUUCUACUCCCUCGAUCGAAAUCUCGAGGACGUCGACUACUUUUACAAUAAGAAGUAUGCGGACUUCGCCCGGCGCCUAAAGUUGCUAGAAGACCGGUACGGACACUCUCUGGAUCGUGGCCAUCGCUUGGACUCCGAGGAAGUGGAGGACCUUCUGGCUGCGUUGCUGGAGCUGCGCGGUCAGCUGCGCAAGCUGCAGUGGUACGGCGAGGUCAACCGCCGAGGGUUCAACAAGAUCACCAAGAAGCUGGAUAAGAAGGUUGGCGUGCAAGCGCAACAGAAGUACCUGGAAACCAAGGUCGAGCCGGCUCCGUUUGCUUCGAACACCCGGGUGACCGACGCGUUGAAGAAGAUCAACGACCGCCUGUCCGUCCUGGGUGAGCAGAAGGUCAACGACGAUGCUAGCUCCACCCACUCCUCCCUAUCGCUGAAGAAGGGCCCUGCGCGCCCGAACUUGAAUCUGCCGGCGAGCAUGCUUCAGACCGUGGAUGACGCGCUGCGCAAGGAUGACACCCAUGUCCUGCUGGAAUUGCUCGAGACUCUGAAGGCGGCGGCGGAUGACUAUGGCAAGGAUGUGUAUCCCAAGGUUCUCAGCAAUCUCCUUCAGCGGUCCAUCUACUACCGUUCCAAGGCGUGCGUCUCGGCUCUUCUCGGCCGCAUGGAGACGCUGGAGGAGGAAGAUGAUAUUAACAAGCGCAAUUGCAUUCAUCGCCUGGUGAUCGCAAUUGGUCGCGCGCAGUCUACCUCCGACUCGGAACAGUCUGCCUCCAUGGUCCUCGACUUCCCCCUGGAAACUUCGAACUACAUCACCCCUGCGGCCCUGCCCACCCUGCAGCCCCCUCGCUCGGUGGUGAUGGAGGCGGAUCUCCCGAGCCAUCUGGACCGGUCUGAUCCGUCGGUGUCGCUCUUGCAGCAUGUAUUGGACCAGUUGAAGAGAGAACACCGAAGUGCUCUGCUGGCGAAAGAUAUCUCCGGGCGCACUCCACUGCACUAUGCGGCGCAGUAUGGCUUCAAGGUCGUCUGUGAAGUGAUCAUUGAGCAUCUGCAGGCGUGGGAUAUGUUCGAAGUCACGGAGGGCAUUGACAGCCCGCGCUGGCAGGACAAUGACGGUUGGGCGCCGUUGCACCUGAGUGUGGUCGGCGGUCAUCCCCUGACGACUCGCGUCCUUCUCGACUCGGAAAACUGGCACGGUGCCAACAAGGACAAGGCAAAGAUCCGCAAGCAGGUUUCCCGGUCCAGUGCGGUGCUUGCCCUGGCCACCAAAGCCAACUUUGUUGACAUCGUCCAGCUCCUGGUUGAGGCCGGCGUUGACAUCAAUUAUCAGGAUGAACAGGGCGAAACCGCGUUGCAUGUCGCCGCCCGCUUUGGCCACGACAAAUGCGCGAAGAUCCUUCUCGACGGGAACGAUGAGCAAAAGGCGGAUACCGAGCUUGCGGAAAACACCUAUUCCUGGACUCCGUUGUUUAUCGCCUGUGUCGACGGGGCGCUAGGAGUGGCGGAACUGUUGAUCGAGGCUGGCGCUAACGUGGAGCGACUCGACUCCUCUGGCUGGACUGCAAAGGAGCAUGCCGCUCUGCGAGGCCAUCUGGAUAUCGCCCGGUGCCUCGCGAAGGUCACCCCCGAGCCGGAGAUCGCUGAAGCCGAGCCUGUCAUCCCUGUUCCUACUCCGUUGGCUGAGCCACCCUCGCCUCCCCUGUCCUCGCUUGCCGAGAGGCGGUCCAAUGUCAACCCUGGGGCGAGCUCUACCCUGCGCAACUCGGAGCCCAUCAAGACUUUCGGACACAGAUAUCUCACCGAUGAGUCCAUGAUCUUGGUCAGCCUGGGGACGAUGGAUAUGCGGAGUCAUGUGGAAGCCGUCAACCUCGACCGCAUUCCCAUGGAGAACGCGCACUCCACCCAGCUGGACACUGCGCUGUCCCUGGUUGUGUCUGCCAGCGGAGCUCAUGGAGAGCCGGAGGUCAUCGAUCUGCCUGUGCAGGAGAACAUCUCAACCGAACCGAUCGUUUUCCACGCCGCGGAUGCUACCAAGGUGAGGCUGCUCUUCGACUUGAUUCCCACGUACGCCGGCUCGAAAGACAAGGUGGUAGGACGUGGUGUUGCCUUGCUGUCCAGUAUCAAACCCACGGUGGGAUCACACCGCAUCAACCUCAAGGGCGACUCCACGGUACCUAUUGUGGCUGCCAAUACUCUCGAGGUCAUUGGCUCGGUGACCUUCAACUUCCUUAUCAUCACUCCUUUCCAGCACCCGAACAUGACAGUCACCGGGGCUCAGACUUACUGGAGGAGUAUGGCCUCGACCAUGGUGAUCGGACAUCGCGGUCUGGGCAAGAACAUGGCCAGCCGCAACUCUUUGCAGCUGGGCGAGAACACUAUCCAGUCGUUUAUCGCUGCUGCUAACCUGGGUGCAUCGUACGUGGAGUUCGACGUGCAGCUCACUAAGGACCACGUGCCGGUCAUCUACCACGACUUCCUUGUCAGCGAAACCGGUAUCGAUGCGCCCGUUCACACUCUCACCCUCGAGCAAUUCCUCCAGCUCGGUGACAAGGGCCCCAUUCGCCGGCCGGGCUCUCCCUCCCAGGCGGACAUCUUCGGGGACAAGUUCAACAGCUCUUCCUUCCGCCAGCGGUCGAUGUCUGUGGGCGGCUCCGAGUACGACCCGUCGGAGAUGAACGAAAAAAUCAAGCACACGCGCGAUUUCAAGAAGAAGGGCUUCAAGGGCAACAGUCGCGGCAACCACAUCCAGGCGCCGUUUGCGACGUUGGAAGAGUUGUUCCACAAAUUGCCCAGCUCCGUGGGGUUCAACAUUGAACUGAAAUACCCGAUGCUCCACGAGAGUGAGGAGGAGGAGAUGGACACGUAUGCAGUGGAGCUGAACUCCUUCGUGGACACGAUCCUCGCCAAGGUCUACGAUAUGGGCCAGGGUCGCAACAUGAUCUUCUCCAGCUUCAACCCGGAUAUCUGCCUGCUCCUCUCCUUCAAGCAGCCGUCCAUCCCGGUGCUCUUCCUGUCGGACUCCGGCGCUUCUCCCGUCGGCGACAUCCGCGCCAGCAGCUUGCAGGAGGCGAUCCGGUUUGCGUCCCGGUGGAACCUGCUCGGCGUCGUGUCGCAGGCAGAAGCAUUGGUCCUUUGUCCGCGCCUGGUCCGAGUCGUCAAGGAGUCCGGUCUGGUCUGCGUGUCGUACGGCGCGAUCAACAACGAGCCCAACAACGUCAAGCUCCAAGUAUCCGAGGGAAUCGACGCGGUGAUCGUGGACUCGGUCCUCGCCAUCCGGAAGGGCCUCACCGAGCACCAGGGCAAGGGCGACACGCCCGGCGUGUCGCCGCAGCCCAGUCCGCUGGCCCAGCCGGCGUCCGGCGCCCUCAAGGACUCCAUCUCGAUUCCGGUUCUCAGCCACACGGAGCAGAAGGACGAUCAUCUUCAUGUCAAGCCGGAGGCGAUCUUCGCGUCUCAUCUUGAGUGAGCUGAUUGAUCGUACUUGGUCAUUUCCUUUUAUUUAUCAUACAUUUCUUUGAUU